UCCUCCUCUCUCCCAUAUUUUACUCUCACUCACACAUAUCUCUCUCUCAACCUUGUGAUGAGUUUUGUGAGAUAGAGAGAGGAAGAGAAUUAAAAAAAAAACAGAGGAGAUCAUCUUUUACUUCGUCACGAUUUACAUUCUCCCCGUGACAGAGAUUUUGUCUGAUCGUCUUUGUAUAUCACUACUACUGGCAGUUGCAGGAAAUGAUGUUAAAGACAUUGUUAGUUCACGGGCUCUUGUUGGUCUUCUUCUUCUUCUUCUUGAUCAGCUCUGUUUCUGGCGAAGAAAACGACGGUGGCUCGUCAAUAUGCAACUGCGACGACGAAGACAGCUACUUCAGCUACGAAGGAAUCAUCGAAUCACAGAAAGUCGGCGACUUUCUAAUCGCAGUCGCGUAUUUCUCCAUACCCAUCGAGCUUCUCUACUUUGUGAGCCGCACACAUGUCUCUUCACCUUACAUUUGGGUCAUCUGCGAGUUCAUAGCCUUCAUCGUCCUCUGUGGCAUGUCCCAUUUACUCUCUGGUUUCACCUACGAGCCCCACCCGCCUUGGGUCAUAACAGCUGCAACCGUCUUCAAGAUGUUGACCGCGGUCGUCUCUUUCCUCACUGCCAUCUCGUUAGUCACUCUCUUGCCUUUGCUUUUAAAAGCUAAGGUUCGAGAGUUUAUGUUGAGUAAGAAGACGAGAGAGCUUAACCGUGAGGUUGGUCUUAUAAUGAAACAGACAGAGACUAGUUUGCAUGUUCGUAUGCUUACGACUAAGAUAAGAACGUCUUUAGAUCGUCACACGAUACUCUACACGACGCUUGUGGAGUUGUCAAAGACUUUGGGGUUGAAGAACUGCGCGGUUUGGAUUCCUAAUGAGAUCAAGACGGAGAUGAAUCUUACGCACGAGUUGAACGGUGAGAAUGUGGGUGGUAGCUGUGGUGGUUUAGGGUUUUCGAUACCAAUCACUGAGACUGAUGUUGUGAGGAUUAAGAGAAGUGAAGAGGUGAAUAUGUUGAGUGCUGGCUCUGCGCUUGCCUCGGUGACUACCCGAGGCAAACCGGGCCAGACGGUUGGGAUCAGAGUCCCUAUGCUUCGUGUUUGCAACUUUAAAGGUGGAACACCGGAGGCGAUCCACAUGUGUUACGCGAUUUUGGUUUGUGUGCUUCCUUUAGGGCCAACACGGGGAUGGACUUACCAGGAGCUGGAGAUUGUCAAAGUUGUGGCUGAUCAAGUAGCGGUUGCGAUCUCUCACGCUGUGAUUCUCGAAGAGUCUCAGCUCAUGAAUGAGAAGCUCGCGGAACAGAAACGUGUGCUUGAGGUGGAGAGGGAGAACGCGAUGAGAGCUAAUCAAGCUAAAGCUGCGUUCGAGGAGAUGAUGAGUGAUGCGAUGAGACGUCCUGUGAGGUCUAUUCUAGAGUUGCUUCCUUUGAUAACGCAGGACGGGACAUUACCGGAGGAGACACAAAAGAUUAUGGUCGAUGCUAUGGGGAGAACUAGUGAGCUGCUGUUACACAUUGUAAACAAUGCUGGAGAUGUAAAAAGUGGGACACAUUGUUUUAGUUUGCGUUCGGUUGCGAAGGAAACAACUUGCUUGGCGAGGUGUUUAUGCGUGGGGAAUGGGUUUGGUUUCUCGACGGAUGUUGAUAGAAAAUUGCCUGAUUCUGUCGUAGGUGAUGCUAGGAAGGUGUUACAAGUGAUCUUGCAUAUGCUUGGAGGUUUAAUGAACCGGAAGGUUAAAGGGAAUGUGACUUUCAGGGUUGUACCGGUAAGAGGAAACUCAGAAGUUGUAAAAGAUAGCCAAGAAGCGGCUUGGCGACAAUGUUAUUCCAAAGAAUACGUUGACGUUAAAUUCGUAUUUGAUGUAGCUUCAGAAGGUGAAGAGAGUAGUAGUAGCAUCAGCACUAAGUUCAUGCAAGGGGAUGUUUUGGUUGUGGAGGAUGGUGUAGGUUUGGUGAAAAGCCUCUCUGUUGUGUUCCGGUUCCAGCUCCGGCGAUCUAUAGUGUCAAGAGGCAGUGGAUAUUCUGGAGAAACUGUUAAAACAUCAACUCCUCCGUCUACUAGUAACGGUCUUCAGCGUCAGGACUCAGGAAGGGGGUAAAAUGUUAGAGCAGAAGAGAGAUAAACGGUUAAGAAUUUCAGAGAUGAGAGAGGGAAGUAAAAAGUAAAAACAGUAUCGUUUUUAGGCUGUAGAAACCUGAAAAUUAACUAGGUUUAACGUAUUAAUCAUGUAAGCAAAAAGGCAUCGCUCAGACUUGUUACCUGGUAGAUAACAGAAUUUAAAAGUUGAAUGUGUCUGUCGGAGGAUGUUUUUCUUCUUUUUCUUUCUGUUAUUUGUCACAUCGGUGUCGUUAAAUGUUUUAAAGAAGAAAACUAAGUAGACAAAACGGAUUAAGAUUAACAACUUAUUUGAAAGCCUAAUAAUGAUAUUUAAGAUUAGCUAUCUUUAAAUAUGUCAUGGAAGCGGAUCGGACCACGUAAGCUCACUGGACUUAUAGAAAAAUCACAGUCUUAAC